AUGCCAUCCCACGGCCACACGGCAGGGAUUUUCGCAGACAUGUCUGUUGACGGUCCUCAAAUCGGUACUCUAGUGGUCAUCUUUGACAGAGCCAAAAACCUGCCCAAUCGAAAAACAAUGGGCAAACAAAAUCCUUAUGUUGCUGCCCGCUUAGGAAAGGAGGCAAAGAAGACUGACACGGACAUGAGAGGCGGCCAAACUCCCAAAUGGGACCAGGAAAUCAGAUACACCGUACACGAAUCACCAGACUACCUUCAGCUGAAAGUAUCUGUAUUCAAUGAUGACAAGAAGACGGACUUGAUCGGAGAAACAUGGGUCGAUCUCAGAGGUGUCAUCAUCCAUGGCGGAGGCCAGAGCGAUUCCUGGCAUGAACUGAAAUUCAGAAAUAAGUAUGCAGGUGAUAUACGCUUGGAGAUAACAUACUACGACUCACGUCCAGAAGAUGAAGCCGUCAUUGAACGGAGGACUGUGGUCACAGAGAAAACCCAGACGAAGCAUACCAAUAAUUCGACGUCUAAUGGAUCUUCGUCACUCUCAGGGCCUCGACAACCACGUCCAAUCAAGCGCCGACCUCUGCCAAAUAAUCCCACUGGAGCUACCCCAUCCCCAAGUGUACCUGUGGCUCCUGCCCAAGACUAUUCGGCCCCAAUCCCGGCUCCGGCUCCGGCUCCAGCCCCAGCCCCAGCACUUCCGCCGCCAACAAGCAAUCCUAUUCGGCCAGGCCCCGAACAUUCCCCUGUUCCUGCACCCUCUCAUCGGCAGACUGAUGCUCGGCCAUCAUCAAGGCAUAAAGAGAUACAGUUACCCCGAAACCCCCCGAACAAUCAGUAUGAGUAUGAUGCACCUGGAGGUGAUAAUAUGGAACCUCAUGACCUCCAUGAUCAGCGUGUGGAGCAUUACAGUACUCAACCUCGGCCUCAACAUACAGAGCAUCAUGAUACUGUUCAUAGAGAAUCUCACAGAGAAUCUCACCGACAGGCACACCAUCCUGUUUCAGAAGGCUAUGCGGGAACCUAUGACCCGAAUAACUAUCAGGGAAGAGGCUCUUACGAAGCUGUUGGCCACUAUCAAGCUCAGCAGCAUCCUACUCAUAAUUCUCUUGACAACAGCCGGUAUAGCGCCGAGCCAACUCCCUACUUACCGGAUAGGCAGGCUUCUCAGAUGCCACCUCAGGAGUAUGCAAUAAGUUCUUUGCCCAACGAAGAAGACGAUCACCAUCGAUAUAGUAUGAUGCCCGCUCACCAUGACCCACGCAGGCGGAGUCCUUUACGCCAGCUCACUGCUCCCGAAGAUGAUCGACAUACGUACGCUGCUAUGCAGCCAACCGUUGAAGAUGAGAACGAUGAGGGGUUACCUCCGCCGCCACCAGUUCAUAGAACGUCUGUCAGCACCGCCAUGUCGCAUCCCGCAGCAGGAGCGGCUUCAUACAAACCCUAUUCUCCACAGGAUUAUACACGCUUGCAAACCGAUUAUCGUGAUAUGCAUAGGCCUGCAGUCGUGUCUCCUGGAACUGUAGCACCGGCAGACCAAGAUUUAGCCAUUUCGAUGCCAAAGCCAUCUCAAGGCCAUUCAAGGUCUCUCAUUACAGAACCGUCAAACUCGCCAGUAGUCCCGCCUAGUCUCGCUGCUGGCUACAAUGCGGCGAGUGAGCCGGUUGAUAAUGGACCAUCAGCUCCGCUAGAGCGCCAUUACACCCGUGUACCAGCUAGUCUGCCUAUGCCAGCUGCUUCAGACUAUAUGCAAAACGUUCCGCCACCUCAGGUGUCUGCCAUUCAACCGUUGAGGACUUCACCAGCACCAAUUAUGGAUGGCCAUAUGCAAUCACGAUCUAGGUCAAUCAGUCCUAACCCGCGCCCAUUAUCGUACAGGAAGUCCGUCAGCCCUCGUCCCCCGUCCAGAGACGAGCGUGAGGCACCAAGCGUACCAUUUUCUCCCGACUCGUUCGAUGCCUUCAACCCAAGACGGUCUCAUUCUGCCACGCGGGAGAGCGGAUCCCGCUACGCGACGCCCGAGCGGGAACUCCAACCUAACCAGCCGCCUAAAGCAGAUGUAGAAGAUAGUCCGAUUAUUGGAGAUGACGGGCGGGUCAUCGAUCCUUCUGAUCAUUUACCUUCAGAGACUUGGGCACCCGAGCCGGAGAAGAAGAGCAAAAAGCCAGAUGUUGUCAUUCGAUUCAAACACAAUCCACAGAGCGCCUCGUUCAGUGCCCGGCCAUCACCCAGAGAACAGCCGCAGCAGCACCGGUCGGUUCCUACAACACCAGACUCUGUCGUUCGUGCAAGCUUCAGACCGCGAAGCGCCUACGUGGCACAGCCAGCAAGAUUAUCAUAUGAACGCCGUCAGAGUCCUGGCACGAUGGUGACAACUUACACUCCUCCUCGACCAGGCAGCUCAGCUCGGGACCAGGAUCCAUAUUCACAACCGUAUCAUCCAAACAUACCAACAACAUAUAAUACUCCCCCACGGCGCCGAUCAAUAUCUCCAAACCCACACGCGCAGUCAUCGCCGAUCUACUCUUAUGAAAGUAGUGGGCCUCCUCUUCCAGCCAAGGUACCGAUUGCGGCGCCAGUCUCAAACGGGUACAUGGGUGCUGGGAUGGAAGCGCUCAGCCAGGAGAUACAGUCAAUAGACAUUGGCCCGACAGGAUAUGACGCAAGUCGCGGAGUUCGGAGAUAUGCACCCCGCGUGCCGAACGAUUUGCCCGAUCGAGUACCGACAGACUCAUUGAUGAAUAUGACUUAA